CACCCUCUCGUUUUCGCCUUCUCUGCCUUAUCACCCCCUCUGUAACUGACUGUUGCAUCUCUGGGACAUACAGUUAUCUAACCUCAACUUAGGCUCUUCUGACAUGAACACAACAAGCACGACAGAAUCUCCAGAGCCUUCCAAAGCCAUACUGAAGAGACUCGGAAUUCUCGAUAAAUUGCUUACCCCCUUGAUCCUCCUCUGCAUGGUUAUUGGUGUGGUCAUCGGAGAGUUCGUCCCAGGCGUUCAAGCGGCGUUCGAUGUUGUACGCUUUCAUAGCGUGUCCGUGCCCAUUGCCAUCGGUCUCCUUGUUAUGAUGUGGCCGAUCCUCACGAAGGUCGAGUAUGAAGCCCUCCCGAAACUCUUCCAGUCUCGGCAACUGUACAUCCACAUCAUCAUCUCGCUAUUCCUCAAUUGGAUCGUGGGACCUUUCAUCAUGCUCGGCUUGGCCUGGGCGACCCUCCCUGACCUACCAACGUACCGUACAGGCGUUAUCAUGGUCGGUCUCGCUAGAUGCAUUGCCAUGGUCAUGAUCUGGAACCAACUUGCCGGAGGCGACGCGAACUAUUGUGCCAUAUUAGUUGUCAUCAACAGUGUUCUUCAGAUCAUACUUUACUCACCAUUCUCUCUGUUGUUUGUCAAUAUCAUUGGAGGUGAAGGUCCAGGAUCCGAUAUUCACCUCGCAUACGGUGAUGUAGCAAUCUCUGUACUCAUUUAUCUCGGUAUACCUCUGCUUCUUGGUCUCCUUACACGCGCCAUCCUCCUUACCCUCACAUCACGACAAUUCUUCCACACUCGCUUUCUUCCUUUCUUCAGCCCUAUCGCCCUGUUGGGUCUCCUAUACACCAUCUUGGUGAUGUUUGCAUAUCAAGGUCACCACAUCGUCCACAAUCUUGGACCAGUCUUCCGAGUCUUUGUCCCUAUGAUACUAUAUUUCUGUAUCAUGUGGAGCACCGCGUUCUUCCUGAUUUGGCGCUUGUCAAGGCGCGAAGGCAAGAAGACAUUGUGGAGGUAUGAGAUGGCAGUCGUACAAUCGUUUACUGCUGGGAGUAAUAAUUUCGAACUAGCAAUCGCGGUAUGCAUUUCGGUGUAUGGGGUAGGCUCCGACCAGGCUCUUGCGGCGACCAUCGGACCAUUGGUGGAGGUGCCGGUCUUGCUUGCCUUGACGUGGGUAGCAUUAUACCUUCGAAAAAGAUUGUCGUGGCCAGCGGACGAAGUUGAAGGUUUCAACGACGUGGAGAAACGCCAGGAUGGUAUCCUUUUUGAAGAGAGACAGUGAUAAACCUCUUUCCAGUUGAAAUAGCUUGUUCACGGGUAUGUCGAUCAUAAGGGUAUACGAGAUGAAGUAGGUAGUUAAACGAGACGCGGAUUCGCGAAUAGCAAUGAGAAAUGUUGACCUGCGA